GGCGGGAGGAGCCGGGCAGUAUCCGUCGCUCGGCGACUCCUCGUUCUCGAACGGGUUUCCUCAGGGUUCCCCCCUUCCCGCGGCACGCACAGGAGCCACCGUCCGUGCUGCCGCCCCGCAGGCGAAGCACCACCUCAGCUUCCCGCCCGCCGUACUGGGCAGCUCUUUUCCGCCCUUAGCCUGCCCCUCGCGGGCGGCCUCAUUCUCCCACCAUGGCUCUCCGCCGGCGCUUAGCCCGGCUGGCCGCCCACCUGCAGGACCCUCGGAAAGUGGCCGCCUUCCAGCGUCUCUGUGGGGUGGAGGGGCCUUCGGGCUGGGCCGACGCGGAACAGCGAGCUGGAGGCGGGGGGCCAGUGGUUAACGGCGGGCCUCCGGCCGCGGAGCGGGCCGAAGAGCAAGGGCAUCCCGCCGGCAACGGGACCGUGCCCGGCGGGGCAGUCCCCCCGCAGCGGUGGAGGAGGAGGCCGCGCCGCAACUCUCUAACGGAGGAGGACGGCAGCCAGGAGUUCUCCACCCGUAGCCGCUUCCUCUACUAUCUCUUCAGCCUGGGAACGGAGCUCGGUAAUGAGCUCUUCUACAUCCUCUUCUUCCCCUUCUGCAUCUGGAAUUUGGACGCCUGGCUGGGGCGGAGGCUUAUCAUCAUCUGGGUGUGGGUGAUGUACCUGGGGCAGUGCACCAAGGAUGUCAUCCGCUGGCCGCGGCCUGCUUCCCCGCCCGUAGUGAAGCUGGAAGUUUUUUACAACUCCGAGUAUAGCAUGCCCUCCACCCACGCCAUGUCGGGCACCGCCAUCCCCCUGGCUCUCUUGCUGCUCAGCUACGGCCGCUGGCAGUAUCCCCUUAUGUUUGGAUUGAUCCUUGCAUUCUGCUGGUGUACUUUGGUUUGCUGUAGUCGCAUUUAUAUGGGAAUGCAUUCAGUUUUGGAUGUUAUUGCUGGAUUUCUGUAUGCUAUUCUCAUCUUGGUUGUCUUCCAUCCAGUUGUGGACCUGAUUGAUAACUUCAACUUAACUUACAAAUAUGCACCCUUAAUUAUCAUCAGUCUACACUUAGCUCUGGGCAUCUUCUCUUUUACUCUAGACACUUGGAGCACAUCACGAGGAGACACAGCUCAGAUACUGGGCUGUGGUGCUGGAGUAGCCUGUGGCUCUCAUGUUAACUACAUAGUGGGUCUAAAGCUAGAUCCUUCUCCCGAAACAUUACCUUUAUCUCUUUCCUCUGUCACUGUGACUGUGUUUGGAAAAGCCAUAUUGCGGUUGUUAAUUGGAGUAAUAGUUCUGUUGUUAACAAAAGUAGCCAUGAAAAAAGCCACCAUUCCACUGGCAUGUAAAAUAUUUCGUAUACCGCAUGAGGAUGUACGGAAAGCAAGACAGCGCAUGGAAGUUGAGCUUCCCUAUCGUUAUAUAACGUAUGGAAUGGUUGGGUUCUCUCUUAUGUUUAUUGUUCCUUGCCUCUUCCAUUUUAUUGGCCUUUCCUGAUGCAGUUUUUUGUUUUAAAUGGGGAGAACAGAGCUAGUUCCUUUUGGAAGAGGUGCACUAGUUUGCAAAGGGAAGACCAAUGAGCUUGGCUUUAGCAGGGUCUUCACUUCAACAGCAAUACAUAUCAGGCAAAGCAUUUAAAGAAGUUUGCACAUCUUUGGGUAUGGUAUGGGGCCACAAGUCAAAUGCCAAUCCACAAGAAGUGCUUGAAACUCUAUAAAUGCUGUGUCUGGGUUUAUUGCUAUAACAGUCUGUAUGUGUGUGAUGCAAUGAAUGUAUCUGAAUGUCUGUCAUGCUGUACCUGUAUAUAUUGAGGUUUUAACAGGUAUGUCUGACAGCUCAUAGAAGGCUCCAUUAAUGAUCUGUUUGCCAUUUCAUAGUAAUUUAUUCAAGUUGUUGGAACAUACUGCUAAAUUGACUUUCCUCUAUUCUUUCCUGAAGUCUUGCUUCAAGAUGCUUCAGCUAAUAGGCAUUCCCAGUGGACCAAACUAGUAAUGAGGUUCAGUUUUUCUAAAAAAACCUAACCCUACAAAACCAAAAAAACCCACCCAAACCUGAACACAAGCUUUUUUCUUUAGCCCCCUCUAGAGUAAAAUGUCUGGAUUGGCAUUGGUAGGUAUCACUAACAUGUAUGAUUCAGGUACUGUAUUUUAUGGUUUAAUGAUUGUGCCUUUCUGUUGCUAAAUUAAGAAAUGCCAUAUAUACUGUGAUGUAAAAAUGUCUAAUUUUAUUUAAAAUCCUACAUAAUUAGGCAGAUAUUUUUCAAUGUUAGAUUGUCCACAUUGCUGACAUGGUUCAAGUUAAUGGGAAUAUUCAGUUUAGCCUGAAUGAAAAUUGCGUAUAUGGGAUGACCCAAGAAUUGCGUCCUUAAGCUCAAGAUAUUGUAAAUGGACAAUAACCCCUUUUGUAAGUAUUUUUAAUGUGUAUUGUAAGCUACUGGAAGAGGAUAUAUUUUUCUGGAGAUUGUUUAUACAGUGGACAGAUAAUUCAAAAUUUAUUAUCUAAACAUGCAAACAAUAAAAGCACCCCAUUCUGCAAAGAAAUGGGCCUCUCUUAUUAUUCAAAGCAAUUGAGAAGGACCAUUGUUUUGAGAUGCUUCCUUGGGAAUAAUCCUCAUGUUAGAGAAAAUAGUUGUAUUUUUAUGCAUUAACAUACAAUAUUUAAAGGUGAUAAUUACUUUUACCUGAUUUAGAUAGCUACAAGACUGUUUAAUGGUCAAAUUAAGUUUUUAAUCAUUCUGAUAGGCAGAUUGUGAGCAGUCAGGACAGCAUGGUCAAUGAACCAAUGAUUCAUGCAUAUCCAACUUUUACUGAAUUGUAAUGCACUUUUCAGCUUUUCAUGAUCCCUUUUUAGUGAUGAGUAGAAUAUGACCCUUCAACUAAUCUCAUGUGCCUAUUUUGUGUUUCAUUUUGUCUGUGUUAAUGUGUUGCCUAAUU